CCUCCUGUGAGGGCUAAGAAGUGGGAGGAAGUGGAGGCAGAGGCUCGAGCCCGCGUCAUCUCCGAGGGAGGUGACCCCGGUGCAGAGAUGGUCGUCCUGAGCCGGUGCACGGUUCAGUUCGGCAAGUACCGGGGUCAGACCUUCAAGUGGAUGAUGGAGAACGACGUGGGCUACAUGGUGCACGUGGUAACAGUGCAUCAGAAGGAGAGGGCGCGAGAGCGCAGUGUUUCCCAGCAUCCCCUGAUGGCCAACAAGGACGCCUUGACUCGCUACUCGUGCGCCUAUCCGGCCUUCGAUGAGAUGGUCAGGUUCAACCGGGCGCACGAGGAAGCUAAAGUCCUGUCCUCCCAGCCAGGCCAGGAGGGCAAGGCCCUUGUUGGCAUCGGGAAGUACAAGUGGGACACGCUGCAGGACCUGUAUGAGGCUACGGGUGCGGACAGGAUAAAAUAUGUCAGGAGCAUGAGGACGCAGACACCCCGUUAUCCUGGGAGUGCGAUGGCCGCCUUGAUUAGCUACAUCCAACGCAGAGACCAGGAGGGGGUAGCUGCUGUGGCCAGGCCCGCCGCAGCCAGCACCAGCCCCACCAGCACCACCCGGCCCAAGAGUGCGGCUACGCAUCUUGGUCCUGCGAUCUCUGCGUUCCUUUCAAGGCGCACUCUCGCCCCUGGUGAACUGCAGGCGAAGAUGAAGAAACUUAUUGCUUCUCAGCCUGCAGUUCAAGGGGUGUCUUUCCCUCGACCAGCACUGCCAUCGACCGAUCUAUCGGACGCAGAGCUGGUCAAAGCAGCUGCUGACAUAGACACAUCCGUAGCCCCACAGGUCCCCCGAUCGCUCCCUCGGCCUCUGCCUCUAACUUCACAGGUCCCGGUCCAUGCCCCGGUCCAUGCCCAGAGCGAAGAGGAGGAUUUGCCCCGGCAGUCCUUCCUGCCUCCAAGGCCCUCCUCAAAAAGUGCUGAGCUGCUGCUCCCAGAGAGUUGGCGUUCAUCUCUCACCAAGGAGCAGCAGCGGUGGAUCGGCCACACGCUGUUCACCAGGAACAGUUUUGGGAGGUCGACACUCGCCACCGACCUGGUCACGUGGUGGACGCCUCCCCAACCGCGGCCGAUCUACAAUCAGCCACCCGCAUCCCCUGACCCCUUCUUCGCAUGUCAGCUGUUCCUUUGGAUGCCCGUACGUAUAUGGGCAUACAAGCUGGCAUGUCCCCAGUCUGGGUGCAGAGGCACACUCUGCAAGGCUGGGCUCUACAAGACCAUCCGGAGGGUCUUGGACAUCGACCGCUGGUAUCUCAUGGCCACUGAGUACCUGGAAUGCGGUCGGUGUAAGAAGAAGGUCGCGGGGUGGUCACGGGACCUUGUCAGUCAGCUGGACGCUCGGCAUCGCUGCCAGUUUCCAGCAAUAUUGACAUACAAGCUGUCCUGUGACCUGCGGGUUGUGAGGAUGCUGAGGUCGCGCACUUUGGGGAACAGUGCGUCACAGACCUACAGCAAGCUGUGUGAAAGUCACAGCGAGUCGUGGAUGCGGAGUUGUAUACGGUACCUCGGGGAGUGCGAGCAGUUUCUGGCCUUGAGCACUGGGCGGCAGUUCACUUAUCCACCGGAGAUGCCCCCGGUGCCCUCACCCGUCUGGCUGCUGACAGUCUACAGCCAUGACGUGCUGUCGCGGCUGGACGAGGUGAAGGCCAGGGUCACCUCCAUCUUUGGGUCCAUCUUAAAGAUGGACUCUACAAAGAAGGUGACUAAAAAGCUUGCGGGUACCGCUGCAGACACGGCCGCCUGGGUUACCAACGUUGGUAACGAGCAUGGGCAGGUCCUCGUCAGUGUCCUCACUGCUGGUGAGGGCGAGGGCCUGCUCCCCAUGGCGGCUGGUCUCAUGGAGCGGUACCGGCUCGCCGGGUGGCGCCCCCAGCUCAUGUACGUGGACCGAGACUGCUGCUCCAGCUUCGGCGGAUCAAAGACAGCUGCCAUGUUCAAUGAGUGGGACCGGCUGGUGGUUCGGCUGGACAUCUGGCACCUGAUGCGGCGGUUCGCGUCAGGUGUCACCACUGAGAGCCACCAGCUCUACGGUCCCUUCAUGCGGCAGCUGUCAGUCUGCAUCUUUGAGUGGGAUGCAGGCGAUGUCCGCAGACUGCUGGAGGCCAAGAGGUCUGAGCUGGAGGGGAAGCACGGGAUGGUCGGCCUCACCGAGGCGGAGGUUUCGAGGAAGAUCGGCAGGAAGGAGAUGGCGCUUCACUGUCGGCGUCGUACGCACCUUCAACGGCGAGAAGGGGUCGAUACCCUGGGCAUCCCGUUGCUGGACUCAAUCCGCAUCCAGGAAAUCUGGAAUGAGCAGAGGCGCCACCUCCACUGCAUACAGGACCCACCCGGUGUACAGCUGUACACCGAGACUGGCAAAAUCACCAAGGGCAGCGUGAUUUUGCCGGUUUAUCGCUGCGCACGGGGCUCCACAUCCUUGGAGUCAUUCCACCUCCACCUCAACCGGUUCAUCCCAGGUACCAGGGCAAAUGCAAUGCAUUUCCAGGCAUUCCUGUUGGAUGGACUGGUGAGGUGGAACGAGGACCGUGCGCAGACAGCAGUUGAGGGAAAGAACAGGCAGCCCCUGCUCUCCUACAGUGGCCACCUGCAGCACAUCCUUAACCUUAGCAGCCAAAGGGUGCUUGGCAAGGAACAGGUUAAGGACUACUCCAAGCCUAGCAAGUACACGGGGGAACUCCUCGGAGUGGAGUACCUGUACUCGCAGACUGGCAGAGUGCUGCAGGAUGUCAGUGUGGACCCUGACUUUCCGGAAGAGGCAGCCGCCGUCGAGCUGCUCGACGAGGAGGACGAGGGCUUUCAGGAGGAUGUGGACCCGACGGUCCACAUCCCUCAUGUCACUCCCAUGAUCGCCCCGUCCUCCAGCUCAGCGGCACCUCUGUCAGGGGAACCCGCUGACGCACCCAGGUCUGGGCCAUCCAGUCCCACCGCCCCUGAAGACGGAAGCUCUCCUGAGGCCCCUGAUCAACACGGUUCUCCUCACCCUGAACACUCCUCUGAUUCAGAGGGGGAGACUCAAGGCCCUGAUGCAAUGCCGGGGUACCAGCAUGUCCGCAGGCUUGCCAGGGCCUUGGUGGAGGUGAGGAGCCGUCAGGGGCUGUCGGACCGCAGGGUAGACGGUCUGGUGGCGCUGUGGCUGGCGCUGCCAGACUUUGACAAGCAACGUUUGAUCUACCCUGCCCGGCACCAGGAGAGGAUCGUUCAGGGGCGGUUCAAGGCAUCGAAGGGGAAGUCGUCCAUUAUCCUAGGAAAAGACUCUCUCCAACGUUGCCUUCUCGGACUCAACUCGGGCCCUGCCAAUUGGCCAGGCACCAGCCGUUUGGUGGAGGCAAUUUGCAGUCAGCUCUGCCAAAUCCAUCCCAGCGCCACGCAGUCUGCCGGCGUCAAAAAGAGCAGGUGGGCGCUCAUUCUGGCUGACUACGUGGCCAUCCGGGAGGCAGUGCUGAACAGCCCGAGGUUGAUGGCCCAGACCAACAUUCAGCUCUUUGAGCUGAAUCAAAGGACCAUCAGUCAGUGGUACUCUCGGCGUCAGAAGGAGAGGGAGAGGAUGGUGCUGCAGCAGGGAUUGGGGCUCGCUGUUGCCCCCAGCGUCACCGCCCAGCCCCUCCCUGAAGCCAAGCCCCUCCACUACCAGCGGGAGGGAAUCCAGGCACCCUUCCCUUUCCCUACGCCGCCCCCCCCGGUCCCACGCCAGACCACCCAGCAAGGACAGCCCGCCCAAGCGCCCAUUCAGCCAGCCCACCUGGAGCAACAACCCCCCGCACUUCCCGGCCCCUCCCAAGCCCAAGGACAACAUACGGGCCGCUCUUCACCUCCUCCAGUGCCAAGGACAACGGCUUGGAGGAGGAAGAGGAUGGCGGACGACACAGAGGGCGUGGCGGCCGGGAAGAGAAGGCAACGUGAGCAUUACGUCUGCGCCAAAUGCGGGUUGCCGAAGCGGCGGGAGACGGGCCACAGCCGCUUCGGCGGCGUAGCGUUCUGCUCUGUGACUGCGGGGGGUAAGACCGUGGCCCAGUGGCUGGCGGAAAUGAAGGACGCUAAAGGGAGAGGUGAAGGACACUGAGCCACUGGCUGGGUGGUUGGACGUUUUUUUUUGUAAAUAGUUCACUGUUCCCCUCUACCUGGACCGAGACCUUGAGCGCGGUGUAGAGGCUUGUGUGUUAUGAUGACCCUCAGAACUGCCUGUAGUCUAUAAGACUACUGGUAGGGUCACCCAUGGUAGGCAGUUAUGAGGCGAGACACCAGACUAACAUCGGUCCGUUCCCAAGCAAAAUGCAUGUUUUAAUUAGCACAUUAACAUUUUAUUUACAUAGUUCAAUUAAAGGACUGUAUAGCAAAGACAGACAGACAGGAUAGUGAUGAACCUGUAAAAAACUAGGAUAGACAUUAAAAUAUACAAAUCAAACAUGAUUUAUCAAUACAUUUUCAAGUGAAAACUCAACUUUUUGGUAGAGCUAAGCUAAUGUUCUUUUUCUACAGCAGUAGCUAUAACACAUGAAUAGCUUACCUUUUGCUAGUAUAGACAUUUCUGUCCACAGGUCGGGCCAAGAUGCACUAGCGCCAAUGUUAUACAUACACAUGA